GCUGGCCAUUUCACAUCGAGACAUGGUAGGCGUGGCCUGCUUUCAAUGCGGUUAUAUUACAUAGAUUACGGAUGAAAGCCAAAGCAAAGAACACCUGUUGAGCCUAAAGCAUUCUGGUUAUAAUUUCUUGAAGUGAUCAUCAACAAUGGAGCAGGUGUUGGUCAACAUUCUGGAUGAGGUGACGAGUGACGAGAUGAAGAGAUUUCAGUGGCUCCUGAUCAGGCACCAGAGGCGUGGCUAUGAGCCCAUUAAAAAAAGCGAGUUGGAUCGCGACACAAGCAGGGAGAAUACCGUGGAGCUGAUGGUGAACAAAUACAAAGAGAAUGGAGCUCUGGGCGUCACAAUUAAUAUCCUGAAGAACAUGAACCAGAAUACACUUGCUCACGAGUUGAAGACAAAGGCAAACACUCUCAAAAUAGCGCAAAACGGCACUGCAAAGGUGAGCACUGCGGCGAAGAGUACUGCAAAGGAGAGCACUGCAAAGGAGAGCACUGCGGCGAAGAGUACUGCAAAGGAGAGCACUGUGGCGAAGAGUACUGCAAAGGAGAGCACUGCAAAGGAGAGCACUGCGACGAAGAGUACUGCAAAGGAGAGCACUGCGGCGAAGAGUACUGCAAAGGAGAGCACUGCAAAGGAGAGCACUGCGGCGAAGAGUACUGCAAAGGAGAGCACUGCGGCGAAGAGUACUGCAAAGGAGAGCACUGCGGCGAAGAAUACUGCAAAGGAGAGCACUGCAAAGGAGAGCACUGCGGCGAAGAGUACUGCAAAGGAGAGCACUGCAAAGGAGAGCACUGCAAAGGAGAGCACUGCGGCGAAGAGUACUGCAAAGGAGAGCACUGCAAAGGAGAGCACUGCGGCGAAGAGUACUGCAAAGGAGAGCACUGCGGCGAAGAGUACUGCAAAGGAGAGCACUGCGGUGAAGAGUACUGCAAAGGAGAGCACUGCGGUGAAGAGUACUGCAAAGGAGAGCGCUGCAAAGGAGAGCACUGCGGCGAAGAGUACUGCAAAGGAGAGCACUGCAAAGGAGAGCACUGCGGCGAAGAGUACUGCAAAGGAGAGCACUGCAAAGGAGAGCACUGCGGCGAAGAGUACUGCAAAGGAGAGCACUGCGGCGAAGAGUACUGCAAAGGAGAGCACUGCGGUGAAGAGUACUGCAAAGGAGAGCGCUGCAAAGAAGACUCUACCCACACACUGACUGGACUCUAUCCACACACUCACUGGACUCUAUCCACACACUCACUGGACUCUAUCCACACACUCACUGGGCUCUACCCACACACUCACUGGACUCUACCCACACACUCACUGGACUCUAUCCACACACUCACUGGACUCUACCCAAACACUCACUGGACUCUACCCACACACUGACUGGAUUCUACCCACACACUCACUGGACUCUACCCACACACUCACUGGACUCUAUCCACACACUCACUGGACUCUACCCACACACUCACUGGACUCUACCCACACACUCACUGGACUCUACCCACACACUCACUGGACUUUACUCACACACUGACUGGACUCUACCCACACACUGACUGGACUCUACCCACACACUCACUGGACUCUACCCACACACUCACUGGACUCUACUCACACACUCACUGGUCUCUACCCACACACUCACUGGACUCUACCCACACACUCACUGGACUCUACCCACAGACUCACUGGACUCUAUCCACACACUCACUGGUCUCUACCCACAAACUCACUGGUCUCUACCCACA